UUUUUGUUUUCAUGAAGUUUUACGAUAUAUACCAUUUUGACUUUGUGGCUGGGUUAUCUAGUGGGAACCGGCUACUGGCUAGUGCUUCCGGUAUGAUGGAGAGUUUAAUGAAAUUAUUAGCUAGCUAAUUCCCUUCCGCACCAAUAGGUGGCAGUAACUGAACACGAGUCAAUUCUUAAACAGACAGGCAUAGUUUUCUGAACAGCGCGUGAGAGAUUUCCUUCCACACAGUAGCAAUGGCAGCCUCCAAUACUAAUGCGAUACGGGUGCGAUUGUAUUUUGAUUACCCGCCGCCUUCGGUAUCCGACUGUCGCAUGUGCUGGGUGCUCGUUGAUUUGAACAAAUGCCGUGUGGUAGCAGACCUAGCCAGCAUAAUCAGGGAGAAGUUCGACUUCAGUCGCAGGAGCAUUUUGAGUCUGUUCAUUGAAGACUGCUACCUGCCGCAUACAGAGAGGAUCUACGUAGUCCGAGACAACGACAGCAUCAGAGUGAAGGUGGACAUCCUAACCCGUUUGAAUGGAAGUCCUUCCAACACAUCUGCUGUCAACUCCAAGAAGAGGAGGAGAGAUGCCGAGGAGGAGGAGCCUACACAGAACCGAGUGAGUGAAGAGUGGAAAAAGAAGAAGAAGAAGAAGAAGCGACGGAACGAGGAGAGUCAGGAGGCCGAUUCCAACCAGGCUGCGGUUGAAGAGAGGAGCAAAGAAGACAAGAAGAAACAGAAGAAGAAAAAGGAGGAGAAGAAGCAGGUGGUGACCAAAACCACUGCCUCAUCCACAGGACCCUCUCCCACCUUGUCCACAGGACCCUCUCCCACCGUAGCCAAAGCGGACAAAAACACCAAGAAGGCUCCAGCUGCCACAGCAGUAUCUGUUAACGGUAAAGCCACAGCAAAGACCCAGAAUGGGGAAACAGACUCCUGUUCUGAUUCCAGUGGCAGCAGUAGUGAGGAGGAAGCCCCAAGUAAAAACCCCACACAGAAACGACCCCCCAAAUCACCCUCUGCUACCGCUACACACCCUGUCGCAUCUAAAGCCACCCCAAAAGUCACCCCUAUAGUCAAACCCCCAACCCCCAAUAGGAAACCACGCCCACCUCCCUCGUCAUCCGAUUCGGACUCAGGCUCAUCGGAUGACGAUGCCUCUAGCAAAGCCACCACAGGCAAACCUCUGGUUAAAAACCAAACUCCUCUAUCCAAGCCUGCUGCCACUCCUCCUACUACCACAGGCUCCGACGCUGGUCCUAGGGACAAAACCACCCCCCCCGAGCCCAGACCCAGCCUCCCUUCCUCAGGUCCCACCAACUCUGUAUCCCCUGGCCAGAGAGCUAAAGCUCCAGGGCCAGGCUCAGCCCCAGCAGUACAGAAGGCCCACAGGAGGCCUGAGAGCUCAGACUCUAGUGGUGGUAGUAGUAGUAGUGAGGAGGAGAUUCAGCUGGUUAUCAAACGGCCAGGCCUGGGGAUGGGGACGGUCCCUGCUAUGGCAGCAGACCCCACCUGGAGAGGCCGAGGCAGGGGAAGCCCUAGGGGUGCGGAGAGGGGUGGGGGUAGAGGGGAUAGGGGUUGGGGUAGAGGGGAUCGAGGCCAGGGUUGGGGUGGUGCUGGAGGUGGAGGCAGGGGGGGUAGAGGUGGGGAGUGGGACAGGGGUCCUCCUGGUGGGGGUAGAGGAGGGAGAGGGGAAGAUAGAGGGGCAGGAGGAGAUCAUGCAGGGUUUUAUUUCAACUAUGAAGGUGGACAGCGACAGCAGAAUCAUCAUCAGCAGCUACCAUCGUACCAGAACGACUCCCUGAUUAACAACACUGUGGUGCUACCUUCAUACCAGAACGACUCCCUGAUUAACAACUCUGUGGUGUUCCAGAACCCAUCAGAGAGUGUCACCAGGAGGGACUACAGUGAGAUGCCCCUCCUAGCUGCUCCCCCUCAGGUGGGACAGAAGAUCGCCUUCAAGCUGCUGGAGCUGACAGAGAACUACACACCAGAGGUGUCUGAGUAUAAAGAGGGGAAGAUCAUUCAUUUUGACCACAGCACAAAGCAGAUUGAGCUAGAGCUGCUCUCUGCUUAUCAAGCUCCGGUGGAGCCGGGGAGGUUUGACCUGGUGUAUCAGAACGCUGACGGAUCAGAGAGUGUGGAAUACGCUGUGUCCCGUGGCUCCAGGGUGACUGAACGUUGGGACUCGCUGCUGGAACCCAGGCUGGUUGUGGGGAAUUUGGGCUGAGGAACAAGAUGGACGUUCUUGGUCGACUUGGCCCAGGCAUUUCUAACACACCGGCCCAUUUUUUCCCCCCCUUGAGGUCCCUAGUAUUGGCCAAAUUAUAAUAAUUCGGCAAACAACCCCAAUUUAGACUGGCCCACUGAGCUAAAGCUGGACCAGCCCAAAUCUGGCAUUUGCCUGAUCUGCCGCAUGGAAGGUCCGUUUCUGUUUGGGAGGAUGUACUGGGGCUUGUUCUGACACCCCCAUAGACGGUUUACCCUGGACCCAGAUUAAGCCUAAUCACAUUUUUCAAUGGAAGUGUUCCAUUGAGUAUGCUUAUUUUAAAGUCCAGGAGUAGGCUUCAUCUGGGUCCGGGAAACCAGCCCUAAUGUCAAUGUGUGGUUGACUCUACAGUCUCUCUGAUGAAGAGCUUUAUACAGCGGUAGUAUUUUUAACUUACCAAACCCCUUACCCUUAUUUUACCCUGCUCCUCCCCACACUGAGUGUUUCAGCAUUAGGGCAGGCUUUUGUUCCAGCCCAGCACUAAAAAAUCAGGUCAAUUCCACUUCAAGUCUGUCAAUUCAGGAUAUUAACUAAUUCAGAUUUUUUAAAUUCAAUAGUUUGAGUUUGUUCAUUUCCUCAACAGAUGAGUUCAAAUGGAAUUGACCAGAACCAUGGAUUCAGCUAAUCAAAGUCUGGAUUAAAGCUAUUGAUGAGUUGAUUCAUAUGUCUUAGUUCUGGGUGUGAUGAGCACUGUUUUAAUGCCCCACUCAAACCGUCUACUGUUGUAUUGCGGAAAGGAGGGUACAGGGCAGGUUGAGGAAGUACUGUCAAAGAUGUUCUUUGGUCUCUUGUCAUUUACUAUCUCUUGAUCUUAGUCUAUGGUUUUAUGUGUUUGUUUUUUUACACAUCGUUAUAACUGUGAAUGUCCCUUGAUUUAUUUUUAAAGACUUGUUUGUAAGAUGAUAAUGUUUGUGAUAUCCUAUGACCGGAUAUGUGUGGUUUCUUAAUAAACUAUGCUAUAGAUCCAGUAGUUAUUAAGAAUAGCAUCCACACAGUAGAGGUCAGGCCAAUUAAUGUAAUGUAAGUAGCUAUUCAGGGUAACCAUUGAACUGGGGCUUGUACAAGGAAAAUACAUACAUUUUCCGAUAUGUGUGUCAUAUUUAGAGCCGUUUUUAGUUUUAAAUAUCACCAUUUAUUUCACAUUGAUUUACAGUAAUGAUUAACUUCCAAGUUUCUAUUCAAUAGUCGUAUGGUUGGAAAACAAUCAAGGUAGGAGGUAGAUGGUAUCCCAAUAACAUAAAAUUGCAUCUUUCA